AUGUCAUCUCCUGUUGUAGAAACUGCCCGUGCUGCUCGUCUUGCUUCCGUUAGCCUUCAAUCGGUUACUAACGAGCAAAAGAACGAGGCUCUCUUAAAGAUCAAGCAGGUGUUGAGCGAGCGUCGAGAGGAGAUCUUUAAAGCAAAUGAGCAAGACAAGAAGAUUGCCGAAGACUUGGUCAAGCAAGGCAAACUCUCGGGCUCUCUCUUUAAGCGUCUGGAUGUUUGUCAAGGCGAUAAAUUCGAUACCAUCUUGUCUGGUGUCAGCGACAUUACUCAAUUGCCUGAUCCCACAAAGAAGGUGACAAUGGCUACUAAAUUAGACGAUGGGUUGGAGUUGUAUCGCUUAACUGUUCCUGUCGGUGUCUUGCUGACCAUCUUUGAAGCUCGCCCUGAAGUCGUCGUCAACAUUUCAUGCUUGGCUCUCAAGUCUGGUAAUGCUGUCAUUUUGAAGGGCGGCAAAGAAGCAACCCACACAAACGCUGCAUUGGCUCGUGUCAUUCAAGAUGCAUUGGCUAGUUUGCCUGCUGACAAUGGCAUUCCCAAGGAAGCUGUGCAGAUUGUCGAAACCCGUGAAGAUAUCAGUGCCUUGUUGGAUCUGGAUCGCUAUAUUGAUUUGGUUGUUCCUAGAGGCAGCAACAGCCUGGUCAAGUAUAUUCAAAACAACACAAGAAUCCCUGUUCUCGGUCAUGCCGAUGGUAUUUGCUCAGUGUACCUCGACAAGGAGGCCGACAUCCAAAAGGCUGUCAAGAUUGCUGUGGAUUCCAAGACGAAUUACACUGCCGCUUGCAAUGCUGCUGAAACCUUGCUCGUCAACCAAUCUUUAUUACACAACAACGAAUUUACAAAGGUGGCAUUGGGUCUUUUGGAAGCUGGCGUGACACUCAAGUGUGAAUCCGAUGUUUUGGAUUUCUUGAUGCAAUCAUCCAACAUUCCCGAAGAAUACAAGCAAUCCAAGCUGGAGAAGGCGACGGAAGAAGAUUUCUUUACUGAAUUUUUGGAUCUGAUCAUUGCCGUCAAGUCAGUGGCUGAUGUGGAUGCCGCUGUGGUUCAUAUCAAUGAACACGGCUCCAAGCACACCGAUUGUAUCGUUACUGAAAACAAGGAAACGGCUGAUUAUUUCAUGACCCGUGUGGAUGCUGCUGGAUGUUACUGGAACGCCAGUACUCGAUUUGCAGAUGGUUUCCGUUACGGUUUUGGCGCAGAAGUCGGUGUCAGUACAAACAAGACACAUGCUCGUGGUCCUGUUGGUUUGGAAGGCUUGGUGAUCUAUAAAUACAAGCUGUUUGGCAAUGGCGAAGGCGCUGGUGACUAUGGAUCCGGAAAGAAGCAAUACAAGCACGAAACCAUCGAGCCUGCCCAAUACAAGUUGUAA